ACAAAAAAAGAAAGAAAUAGCAAGAAUAUUACUUAAACACAUUUUUCGAAUAACUCGGCGUUUGUUUAAGGAGAGAUGGCGGACAAAACUAAUUCGUCCACGAUGGAAAAGAAACGGGGAGAGACGAUCGGUAACCAGGUGAUAUCCGAGAAGGCGGUCGUCUGGAAAUCCAUGACGUUGCGCCAGAAAUGGUCUUACUUCACAAGAAACAUCACCGUGGAGCCUAUGAUAGCUUGCUACGUGAUCCCUUGCAUGCUUGCCUCCCUCGCCACGCAGAAUCUGAGCUUGGAAAAAGCGUGCAGGGUGAACUUGGCCUAUCCCGACGACGUUUGCACGGCAUUGGCCAGGAGGAACACUACCGGCUACGAGACUGAGGAGACCGCCGUGCAGCAAUUGGUAGCCGGUAUGCAGACGUGGAAAACAGCCCUGUCCAGCGGAUUGCCGACCAUCUUGAUCCUGUUCAUGGGUUCCUGGAGCGACCGCACCGGAUUGAGGAAACCGUGCAUGCUGUUGCCCAUCGUUGGCGAGUUUCUGAGCAGCGUCAGCAUGCUGUUGUGCACGUACUUCUUCGACGAGGUGCCCAUGGAGGCCACGGGCGCGCUCGAGGCAUUUUGGCCGGCGUUGACGGGGGGCUGGUUCACGAUGUUCAUGGGUGUUUUCAGUUAUAUCGCGGAUAUCACGUCCGUCGAGUCAAGGACUCUAAGAAUCGGUGCUGCUAAUGUUUUCUUGUCGCUCGGUGUCCCGAUCGGGAUGGCUUUGUCCGGGAUAUUGUAUCUGAAGCUUGGAUUCUACGGUGUAUUCAGCAUCUCGACCGUGUGCUACGUGUUGAGUUUCAUUUACGGAUUAGUGGUGAUCAAGGAACCGCCUAAGCCGCAUCUCAAGAAAAUGGAAAAGGCGGAUAAGGAGAAGAUGUCUGUGUGCGCCUCGAUCAUCGACUUUUUCGCGUUCAAACAUAUCGAGGAGACUUUCCGCGUCGCGUUCAAACAGAGGAGGAAUAAUAGGCAGAAGAGGAUGCUGGUGCUCAUGGUCAUCGUUAUGGUUGUGAUUGGUCCACUUUAUGGUGAAAUGGCGGUGAUGUAUCUUUACAUGAGAUACAGAUAUCAUUGGAACGAAGUUAUGUUCAGUAUGUUUACCACGUUUGCCAUGGUGACAAAUUUAAUCGGAACUGCAAUAUCCGUUGGUGUGUUCAGUCAUAUUUUAAAAAUCGAUGAUGCCAUUGUUGGAAUAAUGAGUUCCAUGAGUAAAAUUUUAGCUGGCUUCGUUUACGCGUUUGCCAUAACAGACUGGAUGAUCUAUUUAGCGGCUAUCGUCGAGAUAGUAAACGGUACAUCUUUUAUAGCAAUGCGAUCGAUAGCAUCAAAACUUGUAUCGACUGGAGAACUCGGAAAAGUGAAUUCGUUGCUUGGCGUCUGCGAAUCUCUGAUGCCACUCAUCUACGGGCCAAUGUACAGUUCCAUUUAUGCUGCAACCAUGAAAACAUUUCCAGGAACGUUCUUUAUUGUUGGCGCCUGUAUGACCAUGCCAGCAGUCGCCGCGUUCUUUUGGCUGUACACCGAGCAUAAAAAAGAUCGUCAAUUACUGGAGGAAGAGAAAAAAGUGAAGAGCAAGGAAGAGGAGAACGAUUCGAAGAUUGCAAAAUGGCAAGUUGUUAGCGAGAAAAAACCGGAAGUUCCUACGAUGAACGGCAUUGCGAACGCAGCUUUCGAAUCAGAUCAUUUAUAACGAAUAAUUUAUUAUUACAAAAUAUGUAAUAAUAUUCGAUCAUAAUUAUAUAGAAAAACUUGAAAGAAUGAGCAAAGAAGUGGAAGAGUCACAUCUUGUAAAAAGUAAAUUAUAUCGAGAGGAAUAGCUUCUUAAUAAAUUUUUCAUUUAACGUACAAAAUAUAAGUAUGAGAAGAAAAAAAAUAAUUAGAAAUAUAAUCGUGCACUGUAUACGUGUUUACAUGGUACACGAAUGUCUUAAAGAUGUCCAUUUUACAAUCAUUUUAUAUUUGAAAUAUCUU